CAUUAGUUCUUCUCUCACCUCUAGCAUUAGUUUUGCGUUGUGAAAUAAUUUUUGAAAUUGUCGCUCCUUAAAUACCACUUACGCAUUUUAUGUUUAUAAUGAGUGCUGUUAGCGAAGAGCAACAGCAGGAGGAUGCUAUCGGCACCACAAAUGAGUCGGUUACUACAAAUCAGGAUGAAACCAUUAAACGGAAGCUACCUGAAAUUGAAGGAGCGGGCGAUGCAGGUGUCUCCAGUGAAGCCAGUCCGGCAAAACGCAUAAAAACAGAGCCCAGUGAAUGCGAGGCCGAACCCGAAUCAAUAAAGGUAGAGCCAAAUGUCGAAGCAGUCAAAACAGAGCCCACCGAUGAGGAUCCUUCACCAGCUGCAGCCGUAUCCAGCGAUUCCUCUGCUGCUGUGAAGGCAGAACCAGUUGACACCAGUGUAACACCUCCAGUGGUAGUGAAACAAGAAGCAACACAGAGUAAUGGUGAAGCAACAGCAAAUAAUGCUUCUGCUGUUGUCUCCUCCAGCACCAUUCGACCGUCCUGCCGCUUUGGCAUACGAUGCUAUAGGCGUAACCCUGCUCAUCGUAGCGCUGAGGCGCAUCCAGGUGAUGAUGACUAUCGCCGCCCUGACUAUCCUGAACCGCCACUCGGCACGCCAGCCUGUCCAUUUGGGAAUCUGUGUUAUCGCCGCAAUCCCGUGCAUUUCCAGCAGCAUUCACAUCCGCCAGAUUUCAAUUCUGCCCAGAACAUACGCAAUCGAUUGCGGCAACGUAGACGUGUCCAGCAGCAGCAAAACGAUCCCGAUUCCGAUUUAAAUUCCGAGGAUGAUGAGGAUCCAUUUGCUGGUGACUCGGAUAAAGAUGAAGAAUAUAAACCAGGGGCAGACAUUGACGACGACGGAGGCGACGAUGAUGAUGACGACGACGAAGAGCUGGAAUUUGAUAGCCAACGUGUAAAUUGUGACCAGUAUGAUUAAGUUUACUUAUUUUUCUAGUUAUUGUUAUGUAAAAAGUGUAAGUUUAAAGCUUAUUGUUAAAAUACAAAAUGUUUAUUCAUGAAAUUCA